GAAGGCAGUCUGCAGAGGGGAAGGUAGCCAAAGUCAGACUCUGUUCAUCCAACCCCAAAAAAACCUACCUACACAAACCAAAGUCAACGCCGAAAACCAAGAACAGGGGAAUCCUUUCUCUUUCUCCCUCUAGAAUUCCUCUCUUGCCUCCUGCGACCAUGUCCGCGCGCCCGCCGCCGCCGCCGCGCCCGCGUCUGGCGCUGCCACCGCGCUCAACGGCGGAGUCGCUCUUUACGGGCGCCGGCGACGCCAGCCCCGGCCCGCUCACGCUCGCCUCAGCGCUCUUCCCAUCUGAUGCCGACGGCGGCGGUGGCCCCGGAGGCGCCUCCUCCUCCGCGGCCGGGGCCGCAACCUUCACGCAGCUCCUUACUGGCUCCCUCGCGCCGCCUCCGCAGCAGCAGCAGCAUGAAGCGCAGACGGGAGGAGGAGGGGUCGCGAGGGCCGGCCCGGCGCUCUCGGUGGCGCCGCCGGCGUCCUCGUUCGCUGGCGCGUCCCUGUUCACGGUGCCCCCCGGCCUCAGCCCCUCCGGUUUGCUCGACUCCCCUGGGCUGCUCUUCUCGCCGGCCAUGGGGGGGUUUGGAAUGUCGCACCAGCAGGCUCUGGCUCAAGUUACAGCCCAAGCAACCCAUUCUCCACUCAGAAUGUUUGAUCACCUUGAACAGCCAUCUUUCUCCACAGCUGCAACAACUUCUGGAGCUCUACACCAUAUGAAUUCUGCAGCCAGUAUGGCAGGAAUUUCAGAUAUGACAAUGGCAACAGCAAACAAUGAGAAUCCAUCCUUUCAGUCUGCUGAGGCAUCCCAAAGGUAUCAAGUUAAUGCCCCUGUUGAUAAGCCAGCUGAUGAUGGCUAUAACUGGCGGAAAUAUGGUCAGAAGGUGGUAAAGGGCAGUGAUUGUCCAAGGAGCUAUUACAAAUGCACCCAUCCCAAUUGUCCUGUCAAGAAAAAGGUAGAGCAUGCAGAAGAUGGUCAGAUAUCUGAGAUCAUAUACAAAGGCAAACACAAUCACCAACGUCCACCAAAUAAGCGGGCAAAAGACGGCAACUCUUCAGCAUUUGAUCAAAAUGAACAAUCUAAUGAUACCACAUCUGGCUUGUCAGGUGCCAAGAGAGAUCAGGACAAUAUAUACGGGAUGUCUGAGCAAGCAUAUGGUUUAAGUGAUGGAGAUGAUAUGGAUGAUGGUGAAUCAAGGCCACACGAAGUGGAUGACGCUGAUAAUGAGAGUAAAAGAAGGAAUAUACAAAUUUCUUCACAAAGGACCUUGUCAGAGUCUAAGAUCAUUGUGCAAACAACUAGUGAGGUUGAUCUUUUGGAUGAUGGUUAUAGAUGGCGCAAGUAUGGGCAGAAGGUAGUCAAAGGGAAUUCUCAUCCAAGGAGUUACUACAAAUGCACAUUUGCUGGAUGCAAUGUCCGGAAGCACAUUGAGAGGGCUUCGUCAGACCCCAGGGCUGUCAUAACAACCUAUGAAGGAAAACAUGACCAUGAACCGCCGGUUGGUCGGGGCAACAACCAGAAUGCAGGAAUACCACAACAGAAAGAAGGGCAGAACAAUAUAUCAAGUAAUCAAGCUUCACUUUCGAGGCCAGAUUUUAGCAACGCUAACCAGAUGCCAAUUGGAAUCUUACAAUUCAAGAGCGAGCAAUAGUGACAUCCAUUUUGACUCUGCUGGGAACCUUGCUGCUCGCUGUUGUUUGGAUGACGUUCUUUUGGUAAAUACCGGAUGCCUGCAAUUCGUACAGUCAUAUGGCAUCAAAGUUUCUUAAAAGCCUGAUAAUCAAAUGGUAUCAGUUUGCAGUUUUUCCCCCAUAGUUACACAUGAUAGCGGGUACGGCACCAUCCAUUUCUAGUAUGUACAUGUUAUUAAGUCGAAGCAUGCAGAAUGUGAUAUCAGCUAGAUGGAAGUUGUUUAUUUAUAUGUGCUUAUGAUGUUCUAUAGAUGGAUCAGUGGUAUAGUACAUGUUCAUCUUCUGAUUUUAUUCCUGACAUCCAACAAGAUCUUGUAUGUGUAUUGUAAUAAGAUUGAAAAGAGAAAUUUGAAUGUACAGAUGUUUUUCAGUUACAUUUUGCUUCCUGUAAUUUGUAACUUCAAAGAUGUUCUAGUUUUCUAUGUCCUUUUCCUUUCCUCCCAAAUUUGGUUUGCUCUUAGUCUUCUGUGAUCACUAUUAUCAACAAUACGUUGAAGGUACUACAAUAAAGCACCAUUUUGCAUC